AUGACAGUGCAUCCUUCAAUGGCCCUGACGGGGCGGUGUGCUCCAAAUGCUCAGCACGGCUGGGAGCCAGGCUUAGUGACACCAAAUUCGCCGUCUUCUAUUCACCUCUUGCGGAAUCACGAUCGUCAGAAGGCGUUCGUGCUGAUUGUCGGGGCUGGCAAGGCCUCGCAUUGGGCUUCUCUGUGGAUGUUCGCAGUUUCAGGAGAAGUCUUUGCGGUUGAGCUGACUGCAGUCGAAAGCGAGACGGGGUAUCGUUGGAAUGAAUCCAACGGCAAGAUGCGUCGUUUGCUACCUGCAGCCACGGCAGCCAAGUGUGGCAUAUCCAGCUCCAGGACUGCGGACUGUUGCCAGCAGACGACCUCCCUGCUCGUGGACUUUUCGGAUUCGGUCGGUUUUGACCGACAGGUAAGCGGUGCCAACAUGGAGCAAGAGACCAACGAGUACGAGUGCUUGCUGCCUUUCUCUACUUCGGCAGAUUCGCUAAGCUUAAAAGUUGAAAAAGUGUUAGACGCCGUUUGCAGCGAGCCUUCUGCUUCUGGGGUUAGAGAGCAACGCGAGCGUAUUCAAAAGUGCAUCGUCGACUUCAUCGCGCUGAGCGGACGCUUCAGCGACAUUAUGGCAGGAGACGAUAAAGGUCAUUACUGGAUUGAAAUCGAGAAAACAACACCAUUUCAGCUCUACCACCGGUCACAGCAAGUAUCAAUGAAUGGAUCUUUUUAUGACAUUCUCUUUCACAACUGCCAGCUGUACAUUCUCCAGCUCAUGCAUGACAAGUACGCGGUGGCUUUUUCCAAGCUACCGCUCGCUGUCGGAUCUGUUGUGGCAGGCCCCGUCAUGCUCACCUUGGAGAUCAUCUUCAUGGUUGUGUUUGCAGGGCUGGAGCAGCUGGAGCCCUGGCUUGCUGUGCUCAUUGGCGUUCUGUGGGUGAUGGCAGAGAUGCACUGCACAUACAUGUACGAUGGCAAAGACGGAUUUUGGAUCGGAGCCUUUGCGACACUUCUGGUCUUGCUCUAUGCUCAGUUUGACAAAGCUCAUCCGCUGGUGCACACGAUUCCAGUACUAAGUUUGCUGUGGGACACAUGCAUGAUCAAAGAGGCCAUGCUUGUCAACAAGGUCUAUGAGAGCAAUUGGUUGAUGCUUCUGAACGCCUUCUGGGUUCUUUUAGCCCUGGGUGUGGUUUGUCUCCUGCAGCUGCUUCGCGGAUGGCCUGUUUUGGACCUCGUUAUUUCAGGUGCGCUCCUGCCGGUUCUGCUUAUGGCUCGGAAAGCGAGCAUGUACUGUUUUGUGGAGUUCUGUCAUGCCGAUCUGUUGGUUGAUGCGCUGAAAGUUCUCUUCCGGCUCGAAGGGCCAUAA